UUAUUUCAGCCUCCUGAAAUCACUAUGUUUAAGUCAUCUCACAAUGAAUGAAAAAGUGGUUGAUUUGAAAAGCUGUGAUAGUGAUAAACGCCUCAGUGCAGAAAAAUCAAUAAAUUUCUCUAUCGACUCUCUAUUAUCUUCUGAAAAGUCAUUAAAGAGUGAUAGUUUACAAUUACCGCGACCAUACUUAGACGUGAAUUUAGAAAAAUGUGAAAAAUCACAACCCAAGGAUUUGAAACGAGAAAAUGAAGAAGUUGUGUCGACUUCCGGCGAUUUUUACCAAAGAAAUUAUCAGGACGACGCUCUUGACAACAGAUCGGACGAGGAGAGGAAGAAGAGACCGAGGACGGCAUUCACGGCAUCGCAAAUUAAAUCUUUGGAGGCUGAAUUUGAACGAAACAAGUAUUUAUCGGUGGCUAAAAGGUGUCAACUCUCCAAAAGUCUCAAAUUAACGGAGACGCAAAUCAAGAUCUGGUUCCAGAAUAGGAGAACCAAAUGGAAAAGGAAAUAUACGAAUGAUGUUGAGCUUCUAGCGCAGCAAUAUUACACUUCGAUGGGGAUUCUCACACCAAGACCUAUUUUUUUAGGAGACAGAUUAUGGUUUUUCAAUUACCCUGGACAACCCGGACUUUCCAGUGUACCAUCAGUGGUACCCAACAUGUUACCACCACCCCCCACGACAUCUAUGGUGUCACACGUUUCUAGGCAGUGUGUUCCAAACUACGUUAGUUUUCCAGAACACCACCAGACUGAAAAUUCACCAAUGAUGCAACUACAAAAUUUCGGCAGACAUUUUGAAAAUUCUUGAAUUAGUUAGACUUAAAAUAAGUAAUAACUCUAUUUACUAACCAAAUAUUUUAUUAUCUGCUUUGUUAAGUCAUUUUGUACCAAGAAAAUAAAUGUUUAUGU